GUCGGCGCUCCGGCGGCGCUCGUCGCCGGCGCCGUCAUCGCGACGAUGAUCGAUCAAGCGGACUUCUUGAAGACCACGAAAAAGGACACGAAGCUCUGGGCGCGUUUCACCAAGCGCGCCGCUCAUAUCCUGCUCAUCUCGGCCUUCGCCCUCAGCGUGUUCUCGAUAUUCGCGACGACGGUUACUGGCACAAUGCUCAAAUCCCUGGGCGACCGCGACAUCGCUGAGGAGUACGAGGAGACCAUAUCGCCGAUGGGCUUUCUCCAUAAAAAUCUCCCGUUCGAGUUCUUGAUCUCCCGCUUCUCGUUCCUGCAGGGUCUACUACACUGGAUCGCGGGCGUGGCUCUGAUGUAUAUCGGCAAUGCCCCGGCCGCUGGCGGCAAGGCCUCGACGAAGAUGUUCUACUUCAUCGGGACUUCGCUCAUGAGCGCGUUGUUGCUCAUGAUCGCAUUCCUCAACAAGCACAUGAACUUCUACGCGUCGUACCUGCAUAUGAUAGCCGACUUCCACCUGCAGUUCUUCCAGCAGUAUUUCUUGUGCCGCCCGUGAGGAAAUCAAUCCGCGGAUCGACCGUGUCAGCCCCCCACGCCAUCGACGCGAUUUCCACUCAGGUGCACGCCCGUCCGUCCGAUGGCGUGGCUCGCGGCGGCGGUCUUUACGCUCUCGUGCAAGUACUUCUAUGAGGCUAUAAUGGCCGAGGACGAUGAUGAAGACCACGGGAAGCGCGAGUGA